AAGGAGUGCAGCAUGGAAGCUCCCCUAUUUCCUCCACCUGCCCUGGACAUUGAAGCCUACCGUCUAAAAAUCACACGAUUACGACGACCCUUUCCCCGGCCAAACAUAAAACCUGGAACUUCCAUUGUUUGCUAAAGGCGCGCGGCCGUCUCGAGUUUCGUUUGCUUUACUUACUCCUCUUCUUGAGUACCAUCUACAAGCAUCAUCAAGCUAUCUUAGAGACACACCAGUACAGUUACCGCGUACUUCUGCGCGCUUCUCCGAAUCCCCCGCAUCACCAUGAACGUCCUCAAGAUCCAGAGGAAAUUCCCUCAAUUCCAACAGCCCGAGAUCUUCUCGUUAGCCGACGCCUUCCGUAAGCUCGACGUUGACGACAAGGGUUACAUUGAUGAGGCUACCGCCAUCAAGGCCACUCAGACCAGCGAGCGCAAGCCAUACGAUGUCGUCCGUCAAGCGCUAAAGGAGGUUGAGCUCGACUCCUCAAGAAGAGUCGAACUGGAGGAUUAUGUUGGUCUUAUUGCCAAGCUCCGUGAUGCUCCCUCCAACUCGCAAAGGCUUUCCGCCGCUGCCGCCGCCUCGCCAGCUGCUGUGAUUUCCCAGAGAACAGGAGGAGGCCACUCUUCCAAGGGCAGCAUCAGCGGAACUCAGGGCAAGAUCUUUGUGCAAGGUUCGAACUCUAACAUUACCCACACCAUCAACGAGGAUGAACGCACCGAGUUUACGCGCCACAUCAAUGCCGUCCUCGCCGGCGAUCCCGACAUUGGCAACCGCCUCCCCUUCCCAACCGACACGUUCGAGAUGUUCGACGAGUGCAAGGACGGUUUGGUGCUCGCCAAGCUCAUCAACGACAGCGUUCCAGACACGAUCGAUGAGCGUGUCCUGAACCGGCCCAAGGGAGCCAAGAAGCUCAACGCCUUCCAGAUGACGGAAAACAACAACAUCGUCAUUGAGUCAGCAAAGGGCAUAGGCUGCUCAGUUGUCAACAUUGGUGCCGGGGAUAUCGCUGAGGUCAGGGAGCAUCUCAUUCUGGGACUGAUUUGGCAGGUUAUUCGCCGGGGUCUGUUGGGCAAGAUUGACAUCAAGCUCCACCCCGAAUUGUACCGUCUGCUUGACGAGGACGAGACUCUGGAGCAGUUCCUCAGACUGCCCCCUGAGCAGAUCCUCCUCCGGUGGUUCAACUACCACCUCAAGGCUGCUAACUGGCCCAACAGGGUUACCAAUUUCUCGUCGGAUGUCAAGAAUGGCGAGAACUACACGGUGUUGCUGGCCCAGAUUGGCUCUGAGUAUGGUUGCACUCGGGCCCCUCUUCAAACUCGGGAUUUGCACCAGCGCGCUGAGGAAGUUCUCCAAAACGCUGACCUUCUUGGAUGCCGCAAGUUCUUGAGCCCUUCUUCGCUUGUUGCCGGUAACCCCAAGCUCAAUCUUGCCUUCGUUGCCAACCUGUUCAACACCCACCCCUGCCUUGACCCAAUCACUGAGGCGGAGAAGCUCGAGGUGGAGGACUUUGAUGCUGAAGGCGAGCGCGAGGCCCGUGUUUUCACCCUCUGGCUCAACAGUUUGGAUGUGCAGCCCGCUGUCCAGUCCUUCUUUGACGACCUCCGCGACGGCACCAUCCUUCUCCAGGCCUACGACAAGGUUAUCAAUGGCUCGGUCAACUGGCGGCACGUCAACAAGCUCCCCGCGCACGGCGGUGAGAUGUCGAGAUUCAAGGCUGUGGAAAACACCAACUACGCCAUUGAGCUCGGCAAGCAAAACGGCUUCUCGCUUGUUGGCAUCCAGGGUGCGGAUAUCACUGACGGGCAGCGCACUCUAACGCUUGGUCUGGUCUGGCAGCUCAUGCGCAAGGAUAUCACUGUUACCCUGAAGGGCCUGGCGCAGCGGUUGGGCAAGCUCGAGAUCACCGAUUCAGAGAUGGUCCAGUGGGCCAACGACAUGGUGCGCAAGGGCGGUCGCACAGGGACCAUCCGAUCGUUCAAGGACUCUGUCAUUGGGUCGGGUGUGUUCUUGCUGGAUGUGCUGAAUGGUAUGAAGAGCAGCUAUGUCGACUACGAUCUUGUCACGCCUGGGCGGAACGACGAGGAGGCGUAUCUCAAUGCCAAGCUCAGUAUCAGUAUUGCGAGAAAGAUGGGGGCGACGAUUUGGCUGGUGCCCGAGGAUAUUUGCCAGGUUCGCAGCCGUUUGGUGACGACGUUUAUUGGUUCUCUGAUGGCAACUCACGAAAAGAUGCAGUAG